UCCCAACAAUUAAGAAGAUCAUUUAAGAAUUUUUAUUAAAUUAGCAAUAAAAUUGUUGGUAAAAGUUUAAAAAUAUGGCAAAAAUUUUCACAGUUUUGGUGGUUUUCGGGCUCAUUGCUUGUUGUACAGCUGCAACUAUGUCCAAACGAGAUGUAUCAGAAUUAUUGCGUCAUCAUGUAAAUGAACAUGUUCAUUAUGGCAAUGGAAUUCCUGGAGAUCAAGCAGAAAUUGAACAUGAACAUUUUAAUAUUGAUAAAGUUGGAAACUAUGACUUUGGUUACAAACAAACUGACUUGCAAGAACGUGAAGAAACUGGCUCUGUAAAGAGAAACAGUGUAACCGGGAAACGACAACUUAAUGUUGUCACUGGAUCCUACAAAUAUCUUCGUCCAGAUGGAUUUUGGCAAAUCGUCACUUAUAGAGCUGAUAAGAAUGGUUUUGUUCCAUCCAUAACAGUCACCAGGAAUGAAAUUAGCAAUGAUCUCCCUGAAUUAUCAGGACUGGUUCCUGCAAUUCCAAUUUUAUCAUCAACUGAAGGUUCAUCAUCAACAACCACAGCUGCUACUGGAUCAUCUUAAUGAAUAUAUUUUAUUUUGUAUCAUUAAAAUCGAUAAAUAAAUUUU